GUCAUUAUUAAUGUACCAAAAGUAUCUUCUAUAAAAGAUAUUUCGCAACCUAUUGACUCAUGGAAUGAGGGCACUAACGUGCCUGAAGAAACAAUUAUUCCUGAUGAAAUAGAACAUAGCCCGGCGAAAUCUGAAUCUUUAACGGAACUUGAAGAAUCAGAGAUUCAAUGCUCCGCAUCACCCUCUGUAACCUCUUUACCACAAAAUGAUAUAUUCAAACAAAUUGAAGAGAUUGAUCGAGAUUUUGAUCCAUCAGAAGUCAAGAUACAGGUAAGUGCACCCGCUAUAGCAUCUGAAGAUUUCAACUAUGAAUACAAUUUUGAAGAUCCCUUCGAUAACAACGAAGAUGACUCACGGAGCGAGGAUGCUAAUGCGUCUAAAGAUGAUGAUGGGUUUUGUGGAUUUUCUGACGAUGAUGAUGAAGGUUAUUAUUAUGAUUUCAAUACCGAUACAAGGGAAGUUCUCGCCGCCGAUGAAUGGCCAACACGAGAAACUUCAGCAAAAUCAAUGAAUCAACUGUCACCGCCGAUGAAUGGCCGACGCGAACAGUUGUUAGCUACCAAGGCACUUAAUGAGUUGAAUGUUCAUGACUAUUUCAAGAAAACAGAUGCCCAGGAAUGGAGGUUAAACAAUUAUCUAAAUUAUCGUUUAGAAACCGAAAAUGAAAUUCCAACCUGGACUGAUGUUAUUAAUGUUUGGAAGAAUUCACUCGAAACUAUGAUACAAACCAAUCACAAAAAAGUUCCAGCCAGUGUAAAUUCGUUUUGCAAAGAGUUAAUUAAUUUCAGCUCUUUUGAGGGAGAGUCUAUUCUAAAAAGUUGUAUGGAAUGGUACAGGGAUUUCUACGAGCGUUACUGUGAUCUCCAACUUGCCGAAAGGGCUCAGCGCCUUGAGAAAAACAUAUAUUCAUCUCAAGGAGUAUCAAAGCUGUUACGAAAAAAGACAAAUAAAAAAAGAUCAGAGAAAGCAUUGGAUGUCUUAUUUGAUGAGGCGCAUGAAGAUGAAUUGGUUGAAUCCAUUAACAAAUCCAUUUUGGGAGAAGAAAUAACAUUACCUGUUUCAGAUGAUACUUCAAGGCAAGAAUUUCAUAGUAUCUCUGAUAAAUUCAAGAAGUAUCGGAAUAAAAUUCCAAAGACGCAUCGGAUUAUAACAUUGGGGUACUGGGGAGUUUUUGACCUGACGCAAGAGAGCCUUUAUGAGUGUAAGGAAUUUUCCCAAAGCGAAAUUGAUGAGAUCUCACAAGAUUUUGCAAAUCAUAUUCAAUGGUCUCCGAAACCAACUCCAAAAAACCUUCAAAAAUAUUUUGAUUCCAAUUGCGAUCCUGUUAAUCUUGAAGAUAAUGAAGACAAGGAAAAACUACACGCGAAUAUUCAAUUUAUAAUCCUUAACAUGAAAAAGGUCGGCGGUAAGACGGAGGAAGAACUUAAAUUUACUACCAUAUACCCUUUAUUCAAUGCAGUCAUGGAUCCUUCGUUAAUAAAAGAUACAUGGGGAGAGAUUCAGACGCUUGGCUCGAAAGAUAUGAGGAACGAUAAAGCAAAUCCUUUUGUCAAAGCUCGUAUGGGGCGCAAGGUUGAUAUGAAAGGCACCCUAACAAAGACAUCCAAUAAGUUUGAAGCCUUGUACGGGGAGGUCUCAAACGGGUUAUCUCCACUUGGAAUAUCGCUUGCAUCACAAAAAAAGAAAUAUUUGGACAAAGUCAAACUUGCGGUAUUAAUGAGAGACUCGUUAAAUAGUACUUUGAAAAAAUGGAAACAUUUAAAUGAUGAGCAGAGAAAAAAGCUUAUUGUAUAUGGUUGGACGCUGGCAGGAUUUGACUUAUCUCUAUAUGCAAUGGACUGGACCGGAGAUGGGAUGUAUCGGUUUGGAUUGAUAGAAAAUUGUCAAUUCCCGUCAAAUAAAGAAAAUUGUGGCUUAUUUGAAGGUGUCUUGUGCCUUUUGAAAGAAUUGGAGGUUGUCCAGGAAUUACAUGUCGCAAACACGCGUGGAAAGUGUAGACAAAUAACAGUUGAGAGUAGCCCAAUCCUAAAUCUUAAUAGAACUCCUAAUUAA